GAGAGGGAGAGAGAGCGCGCCAGAGGGAGAGAGAGAUUUGCAGGCUCCCUUUUCUUAUAUUGCAAUUGACUUGGGAAAAAAUAAAAAAGGGGGGAAAUAAUAAGAAGAAAGAGUGCGUGGAGAGAAGAAGAAAAAAGCAUAAGCUUGGAUAUUGAACGGAGCGGGGCAUGUGGAUAUUGGCUCUUUUCUUUUUCCAGUGCAUCUUGAAUGUUUUCGGUGAAGAUCUACGUUCCAGCUUAUAUUUUGUCAAUGCAUCUGUGCAAGAGGUAGUGUUUGCCAGCACCACAGGGACAUCGGUGCCCUGUCCCGCCGCAGGUGUGCCUCCUGUCUCACUGCGCUGGUACCUGGCCACCGGCGAGGAGAUCUAUGAUGUGCCAGGGAUCCGUCAUGUGCACCCCAAUGGCACCCUUCAGAUCUUCCAGAUCCCCCCUUCCAGCUUCAGCAAACUCAUCCACGACAAUACCUACUAUUGCACAGCGGAGAACCCCUCAGGGAGAAUCAGGAGCCAAGAUGUUCACAUUAAGGCUGUCCUACGAGAGCCCUACACUGUCCGGGUGGAGGACCAGAAAGCCAUGAGAGGCAAUGUGGCGGUCUUCAAGUGUAUUAUACCUGCCUCAGUGGAGGCCUACAUCACUGUUGUGUCCUGGGAGAAAGACACUGUGUCAAUCACCCCUGAAGUGCAACGGUUUCUCAUCACAUCCACGGGAGCCCUGUAUAUUCUGGAUGUGCAAAUGGAAGACGGGCUGUACAACUACAGGUGUAUGACACGGCAUCAGUACACCGGAGAAACCCGACAGAGCAAUAGUGCCCGCCUCAUUGUGUCAGAUCCGACCAAUUCUGCACCCCACAUCCUGGAUAGCUUUGAGCGCCGUGAGGUGAUGGCAUCUCAUCGAGUGGAGCUCCCUUGCAAGGCCUCUGGUCACCCUGUACCCAAAUACCGCUGGCUGAAGGACAACCGCCCGCUGGAGACAGACUCGCGCUUCAAACAGAGUGUGACAGGCCUGCUCAUAGAGAGAACCCAGCCCAGUGACACAGGGACGUAUGUGUGUGAGGUGUGGAAUGGCUACGGCAAUGCCGAGGUGGUUGGCAGGCUGCAGGUAAAAGAGCCCCUCAAGGUCAUGGUGAGUCCGCGGAAGGUGAAAGGCAGCGUGGGAAGCCAGGUUUCACUGUCCUGCGGUGUAACGGGCUCCGAGGAGUAUCAGCUGUCCUGGUAUCGCAACGGAGAACUCAUCUACCCCAGUAACAGUGUCCGCAUGACAGGCCAAAACAGAGAGAACCUGGUCAUGGCUGGCAUGGCCAAGAGUGACGGAGGAGCCUAUCAGUGCUUUGCCAGACAUGGCAAGAUGUCUGCCCAGGACUUUGUUCAAGUCAUACUGGAAGAUGGCACCCCCAAAAUUCUGGCUUCGUUCAGCGAGAAGGUCUACAACGUCAACGAGUUUGUGUCAUUGUCGUGCACAGUGAAGGGCACGCCAGAGCCGCGGGUAACGUGGACUCUGGACGAUGAGCCCGUGGUACGGGACAGCCGCCAUCGCAUCUCCUACUACACCAAUGCCGAGGGCCACGUGGUGAGUCAUCUGAACAUCAGCCAGACUCAAGUCCCCGAUGGAGGAGUGUACCGCUGCAUCUGCAACAACUCAGCUGGGACCGUUUCCUACCAGGCGCGAAUAAACGUAAGAGGGCCUGCCAGCAUCAGACCAAUGAAAAACCUCACUGCCAUCGCUGGGCGGGACAUGUACAUCCACUGCCGUGUCAUUGGCUACCCCUACUACUCCAUCAAGUGGUACAAGGACUCCAAUUUGCUGCCGUACAACCACCGACAGCGGGCCUUCGAGAACAACGGCACCCUGAAACUGUUUGACGUGCAGAAGGAGGUGGAUGAAGGAGAAUACACGUGUAAUGUGCUGGUGCAGCCACAGCUGUCCACACACCAGAGCGUCUACGUUACAGUGAAAGUCCCGCCCACCAUCCAACCAUUUGAGUUUCCCCGGUUUUCCAUCGGCCAGCGAGUCUUCGUCCCCUGUGUGGUUAUGUCUGGUGACCAGCCCGUCUUCAUCACCUGGCAGAAGGAUGGUCGGCCAAUCCCGGCCAGCCUGGGCGUUACCAUAGACAACAUAGACUUCACCAGCUCCUUGCGUAUCUCUAACCUCACACUGAUGCAUAACGGCAACUACACCUGCAUCGCACGGAAUCAGGCUGCUGCUGUGGAACACCGGAGUGAGCUCAUUGUCCGAGUUCCUCCCAAAUUUGUGGUGCAACCUAAAGACCAGGAUGGCAUCUACGGGAAAGCAGUGAUACUAAACUGCUCAGCUGAAGGCUAUCCUGUUCCUACGAUCCAGUGGGAAUACUCUAAAGGCGCUGGAGUCCCACAGUUUAAACCCAUCCCCCUCAACUCAGGCUUUCGGAUUGAAGUGUUGGUCAACGGCUCUCUGCUCAUCAAGCACGUGCUGGAAGAAGACAGUGGUUUCUACCUGUGUAGAGUCAGCAAUGACGUCGGGGCCGACGUGAGCAAGUCGAUGUACCUCAACGUCAAAAUCCCCGCUAUGAUCACGUCCUACCCCAACACCACAUUGGCCACGCAGGGCGAAGAAAAGAAGAUGAGCUGCACGGCCCACGGUGAGAAACCCAUCAUGGUGCGCUGGGAAAAGGAGGAACGCAUCAUCAACCCUGAGACCAGCCGUUACGUGGUUUCUGUCAAGGAGGUGGGCGAUGAAGUCAUCUCCACCCUGCAGAUCAUGCCCACAGUGAGGGAGGACUCCGGCUUCUUCUCCUGCCAUGCCAUUAACUCUUUUGGUGAAGACAGAGGAAUCAUACAGCUCACGGUACAAGAGCCCCCGGACCCCCCAGAAGUGGAGAUCAGAGAAGUGAAAGACAGAACCAUCGCACUGCGUUGGACGAUGGGGUUCGAUGGCAACAGUCCAAUAACAGGCUUUGAUAUUGAGAGCAAGAAUAAAUCAGCCUCCUGGGAUACUGCACAGAAGACCAAAGACGUCUCCCCUCAGCUCAACCAGGCCACCAUCAUCGACCUUCAUCCUUCGUCCACCUACAACAUCCGCAUGUUUGCCAAGAACCUGAUUGGGAAGAGUGAGGCCAGCAAUGAGCUCACCAUCACCACUGAUGAAGCAGCUCCUGAUGGUCCACCUCAGGAUGUGCAGCUGGAAGCCCUCUCCUCCCAGAGCAUCCGAGUCACAUGGAGGCCGCCCAAAAAGCACCUCCAAAAUGGGGCCAUCAAAGGCUACCAGGUAGGCUACAGGGAGUACAGCUCAGGAGGAAACUACCAGUUCAGUGUGAUCAGCGUGGAGACCACAGGGGACAAUGCAGAAAGCCUGGUGUUGGAUAAUCUGAAGAAGUUCACCCAGUAUGGAGUCGUGGUGCAAGCCAGUAACAGCGCUGGGACGGGGCCGUCUUCCACCGAGGUGGCUGCUACCACACUGGAGGACGUGCCCAGUCGUCCCCCAGAGAACGUCCAGGCCGUUGCGACUUCCCCAGAGGUCAUUUCACUGUCCUGGCUGACGCCUCCUAAAGAAGCUCUGAAUGGCAACUUGCUGGGAUUCAGGGUUAUCUACUGGGCCAACCUGCCUGAUGGAGAGCUCGGAGAGAUCCGGAACGUGACAACCUCUAAGCCCUCACUGGAGCUGGAUGGAUUGGAGAAAUAUACCAACUACAGCAUCCAGGUGCUGGCCUUCACCAGAGCUGGUGAUGGUGUCCGCAGUGAACAGAUUUACACCCGCACCAAGGAGGACGUUCCCGGUCCUCCGGCGGGUGUAAAGGCAGCAGCUGCAUCCAACUCAAUGGUGUUCGUGUCCUGGCUUCCUCCUCUCAAAGUGAACGGCAUCAUCAGGAAAUACACCGUUUUCUGCUCCAACCCACACCCCACGGUGAGCAGUGAGUUUGAGGCGGCCCCAGAUGUAUUCUUCUACCGCAUCCCCAACCUGAGCAAAAACCGUCAGUACAGCGUCUGGGUUGUUGCAGUGACUGCUGCGGGCCGUGGAAAUGCCAGCGAGAUCAUCACUGUCAAACCCAUGGCUGAGGCUCCGGCUCGGAUCCUGACCUUCAACAGGACCGUAACGACCCCCUGGAUGAGGGACAUCUUGCUGCCUUGUAAGGCAGUUGGCGAUCCUUCACCAACCAUCAAGUGGCUGAAGGAGAUCAACGGGACCCCAGCACCCGUUGUGAUUGACAGCCGGCGCAGCGUCCAUACGAACGGCAGCCUCGUUAUCCGCACAGUGAAAGCAGAGGAUUCUGGGAACUACACAUGUGUGGCCAGUAACAGCUUUGGGCUGGACAAGAUUGUCCUAAACCUCCAGGUUCAAGUUCCUCCUGACCAGCCUCGCCUCACAGUGACCAAGACAACCACCACCUCCAUCACCCUCUCCUGGAUCCCAGGAGAUAACGGUGGCAGCUCCAUUAGAGGCUACAUCUUGCAGUACUCAGAGGAUAACAGUGAACAGUGGGGUAAUUUUGCCAUCAGUCCAAGUGAGCGCUCUUACAGGCUAGAGAAUCUCAAAUGCGGCACCUGGUACAAGUUCACCCUAACCGCCCAGAAUGCCGUGGGCCCCGGACGCAUCAGUGAGAUCAUUGAAGCAAAGACCCAUGGGAAAGAACCUCAGUACUCUAAAGAACAGGAGCUCUUCACUAGCAUCAAUGCCACUCGAGUCAAGCUCAACCUGAACGGCUGGAAUAACGGCGGAUGCCCGAUCACCUCGUUCACCCUGGAGUAUCGGCCGGUAGACUCGCCCACUUGGACCACGGCACAGCGCACCUCCCUCACCAAGAGCUACGUCCUCUACGACCUGCAGGAGGCCACCUGGUACGAGCUGCAGAUGAAAGUCUACAACAGCGCCGGCUAUGCCGAGAAGAGAGUCAAGUUUGGAACACUCAGCUACGAUGGCAGUACCAUCGCACCUUUAGUGAAGGCGCCCAAUGUGAGCGAGGAUAACUCUGGGAGCGGUGAGGGUUUGAAGAUGAUGGUAACCAUUUCCUGCGUGUUGGUGGGUAUCGUCGUGAUCUUCAUCGGCCUUCUGGUGCUGAGGAGGAGGAGGAGGGAGCAGAGGCUCAAGAGGCUCAGAGAUGCAAAAAGCUUGGCUGAGAUGCUCAUGAGUAAAAACACGCGUCCAGCAGAGCCAAUUAACAAACAGCAGCAGACGCUCCGCAUGCACAUCGAUAUCCCCAGAGCCCAGCUUCUCAUCGAGGAGAGAGACACCAUGGAGACUGUUGAUGACAGGUCCACUGUGCUACUGACCGACAACGACUUCGGGGAGACACAGAAGCAGAAGUCGUCCACAGUCACCCACACUGUCCACUACCAAUCAAUCUCCCAGGCCACUGGUCCACUGGUAGACGUGUCUGAUGCCAGACCAGGAACUAGUAAGUCCAACCCGACAGCCCGCCGCACAGCCAAAGCUGGCCCAGCUGCUCGCAACAGGUACGCCAGCCAGUGGACCCUAAACCGCCCCCACCCGCCAGUCUCCUCUCACACUCUGAGCACUGAUUGGAGGCUGCCCACACCCAGAGUGGCAGGCUCUGUUGACAAGGAGAGUGACAGCUACAGCGUCAGCCCAUCUCAGGACACAGACCGUGCACGGAGCAGCAUGGUGUCAACAGAGAGCGCCUCCUCCACUUACGAGGAGCUCGCCAGAGCCUACGAGCACGCCAAGAUGGAGGAGCAGCUGCGACACGCCAAAUUCACCAUCACCGAAUGCUUCAUUUCUGACACUUCGUCAGAGCAGAUGACUGCAGGCACCAACGACUACACCGACAGCCUGACCUCCAGCACACCAUCCGAAUCAGGCAUCUGCCGCUUCACCGCUUCCCCACCCAAGCCUCAGGACGUCAGUCGGGUUAUGAACAUGGCCGUGCCCAAGGCUCACAGACCGGGGGGCGAGCUGGUUCACCUUCCUCCCUAUCUGCGCAUGGACUUCCUGUUAAACCGAGGCAUGUCCUGCUCGGGGUCAUCUAGGGGGACAGCUAGUGGGGAGAGAGCGGCCAUGGGUCAAGCCUGCCUUGAGCCCCAGAAGAGCCGCUCGCUGAAGCGGCCCUCUCGGAUGGCGCCCCCGACACCUACAGAGGCCCCUCAGGCCAGCAGGGACCCAGUGGCCCAGUGGCAACCCGGAUCAGCGGCCACACUCCCCCACAGAGAGGGCUCAGAGCUGGCCCAGGCAGCCAAGCUCAGCACCUCCCAGGAGUCCCUGCUGGACUCCAGAGGACAUCUGAAACAGAGCAGCAACCCCUACGCAAAGUCUUAUACGCUAGUAUAACAGCAGGGGCACCUGGGGCGGGACUAGAACUCACUCUAACACUGGACUUAACACUCAAGUGCAGUAAACUGACUUUCACCACACAGUUCUGUAUAUAUGUCCCCUCCCUCCGAGGACGGGGUCACUUUUACUAAUGUCCUUUUAUUUAUUUUAGACUUUUCUU